AAGCCCGCGAGAGAGACGGCGGCUCCCAUCCCAGACCCCUUCCCUCUCCUGUCGCAGGUGCCCCACGUUCCUGAGGAGACGCCGCUGCUGAUCGGCUUCACGCGCAACUGGCCGCAGCUGCUGCAGUGCGUGUCGAGCUACAUCGCCGCCGGGUGGCCCGCCGAGGACAUCUACGUGGUCGAGAACACGGGCGUCAUGCAUGCCAACCGCAACGGCCAGCUCACCCUGCAGAACCCCUUCUACCUCAACCACACCCAGCUGCACAUCCUGGGCGUCAACGUCAUCGUCACCCCGACCCUCAUGAGCUUCGCCCAGCUGCAGAACUUCUACGCCUGGACCGCCCUCGAGAGGAACUGGACCGAGUUCUUCUGGAGCCACCAGGACGUCGUCGCCUUCUCCUUCGAGAAGGAGUUCCGGCCCCACACCGACGACAAGUCCAUCCAGAACGCAAACUACCCGCUGUACGCGCGCGCCGUCGCCAUCCUGCGCUUCCUGCGUCAGCCCGGCACCCCCAAGUGGGCCAACCACUUCUUCGCCUAUGACCACCUGACCCUCGUCCACCGCGACGCCGUCCUCGACAUUGGCGGCUGGGACACGCACAUACCCUUUUACGCAACCGAUUGCGACUUCUACCUGCGCCAGAAAUGGGCCGGCUACUUCCAGGGCUCGACGCAGAUCGGCAUCAUCAUCGACACCUCGACCGUGCUCGACGACUUUGGCGCCUUCUUCCGGAUCCCAGGCAUCCACGCCACCUUCCAGGGCGACCCGGGCCCAGAAGACCAACUGCAGCAGUACGAAGGCGGCGUCGGCGUUGACCCGGCGAGGCAGGCCGAGUUCCAGGAGCGCGAGGCCGAGCGCAAGAGGCUCGUCGACAAGGAGGGCGAGACGGUCGAGUACCUCGUGGACAUUUCCUACCGCAUGCAGGCCGUCAAGUAUAUCGACGGCGGGUCAUGGCGCAACAUGUGGCAGCUGCGCCAGGGCGGAGGCCAGGGCGAGCCCUUUUACCGGGACCAGGAAGGCUUCCAGAUCGGCCUGGACACACAGAUCGAGGCUGGCCGGAGGGUCUUCUCGGAGAAGUGGGGACACCGCGGCUGUGACAUCUUUGACCGCACCGCUGAGGACGCGUGGACCCUGCAGCGGGAUUGGAACGUGUUUACAGAAGGUCAAGGCCAUGAGGGUCCUUAUUGGUAA